GAAAAAAUUAGUCAGUCCUUAUUUACCGUUGGUUGAUUAAUUAGUUGGUUGGUUGAUUAAAAGCAUACUGAAAAUGAUAAUUUUGACAAUAGUGCUUGCCGGUAUUGUGUUGUUGUAUAUAUAUAAUACAAGAACAUUUGAUUAUUGGAAGAAAAGAGGUGUGACGUAUGUUAAACCGAUGCUAUUCUUUGGUUCAUCCACUGAUGUAUAUUUUUUUAGAAAAAGCAUUACCCAGUUAUCUGCAGAAAUAUAUUUCAAGUACCCCAACGAAAAAAUGGUGGGUGUAUUUAGGUCAACAAAUCCAAAUCUAGUUAUUAGAGAUCCGGAGAUUAUGAAGCGUAUCUUGAUCACAGAUUUUUAUUACUUUUACAAGCGUGGAAUUAUGCCAGGUAUUACUUUAGAACCAAUACUUCGCAAUCUAUUCUUUGCUGAAGGCGAUUUAUGGCGUUUAUUGAGACAAAGGCUAACUCCAGCAUUUACCAGCGGUAAGCUGAAGGCAAUGUUUCCUUUGAUUACUGAAAGAGCUGAAAAAUUACGUUCGCGUACCUUGAAUGCUGCUCUUGAAGCUCGUUCUAUAGAUGCUCGAGAUCUCAUGGCUAGAUACACUACAGAUUUCAUCGGAGCCUGUGGAUUUGGGCUUGAUUCUGACUCUUUGAACGAUGAAGACUCGGCCUUCAGAAAACUUGGAGCUGACAUCUUUCGAUUUGGAAUACGAGAGAAUGUCAAAUUGCUAUUAAAGGAUGUUUUUCCAAAUUUAACAGAUAAUAUUAAGUUUUUUGGACGACUUGAAGACACAAUAAUAAAUCUUGUUGUUGAUAUUCAAAAACAAAGAAAUUAUCAACCCUCGUCAAGAAAUGACUUCAUAGAUUUGAUGCUAGAAUGCAAGAAGAAAGGAAAGAUGAUUGGAGACUCCAUUGAAAACUUCGAUAAGAGCGGAACUCCAAAAGAGGCUAAAGUAGAUCUAGAUGAUGUUAUCAUGGCCGCACAGGUGUUUGUUUUUUUCGCCGCCGGGUUUGAAACCUCUUCGUCUGCUACAAGUUAUACAUUACAUUUGCUAGCAUAUCAUCCAGAGAUUCAAAAGAAAGUGCAAAAAGAAAUAGAUACUGUACUGGCUAAAUAUGAUGAUAAAUUAUGUUAUGAUGCUAUAAAAGAGAUGACAUAUUUGGAAUGGACAUUCAAAGAAGCUUUAAGGAUAUUUCCAUCUCUUGGUUAUUUGAUUAGGACGUGUGUAAAACCUUACACUUUUGCAGACUUUAAUUUUUCAAUCGAUGAAGGAGUAAGGGUAAUUAUCCCGAUUCAGGCUCUUCAUAAUGACCCUCAAUAUUGGGUCAAGCCAGAAGAAUUUAGGCCUGAGAGAUUUCAUCCAGACGAAUUUAAUGAUAUAACAAAAUCCAUUUACCUACCGUUUGGGGAAGGUCCUCGUUCUUGUAUAGGUGAGCGUCUUGGUCUGAUGCAGUCCCUGGCCGGCCUCGCUGCGGUGCUGUCUCACUUCACUGUGGAACCUGCGCCGGAGACCAAGAGAUACCCUUCAGUGGAGACCAGAGCUGAUGUCGUCCAAUCUAUUGAUGGAGGAUUGCCGCUUAUGUUUCAUAAAAGGAAUUAAUAAUAAAUAUGUUUGACAUCUA